UGCCAUGGCACCCUUCGCAACGCCCGCGUUCCUGGCCUUGGCCACGGCCACCGGCAUUUUUCGCGUCGCUGGCUCCGUGCCGGCGCUGCUGAGGGUGCGGACGUCGCGAGCGCUGGGGGCGAACACCUUUUCGACGAUUCAAGUUCGAUUUGGCCAGAGGGCAAAGUAUCACUGGUACAACAUUGGACUUGAAAUCGCAGGCACAUGGAGCGAGAUGAUGGUGCAGGUGGACCCCACCCUGCAGCUGGUACAGCUCCGGACACUGGGGACGGAUGCCUGGCGGAUGAGCCAAUUGGAGGUCGUGGUCCCCAGCGGUGGUUCCAACGUGACCUACCUACCGCAGUGUUGUGUUCCGCUGUGGCUGGACAGCGACAAUGUCUUCGCUGUGCGGAUGGUGACCAUUUUUCUGGGCCAAAGGCCGCCGUUGCCCAUGCCCGUGGUGCGUACGGGGCCAGGAUUCCAGCUGCAGCGUCGCAAUGCCGGCUGUAGCAACUGGAAGGAGUCAAGGCUGGGAUUUUCCUAUGAAAAGGACGUGGGAAACUGUGCGGCCGUGUGUCAUGCCACCAAGCACUGUGUGGCCUUUGAGAUCGUGACCAACGCCAGCUGUCGACCCAUGUGGACCGACCAGUUUCUCGGAACACAACGAACGGUGCCAUCCGUUGACAUUGGCAUUCUGAAGGGAAAAGGCUACUGCCAGCUGCUCUCGCAGAAAUGUCAACCGUUUCAUCUGGGGAUGGACUGUUGGGACCAAUACGAGAUGAUCGACCGCGGUUGGCACAAAGCGGCCACAUUCGCGGUGGGCAUUGUACCACCGGUGGUGCUUCUCUUGGCGUAUAUUGUCGCCAGUUGCCGCAGCCAAUGGAAACGCGGAGCCGCCCAGAACGGCCACCUCGUCUCCGACAGCGACGUCGCCAGCGACGGCAGCGGCAGCGACAGCUCUACCGAGUCGGGCGAGUGCGCCCAAAACCACUGGGAGGAUCCAGCGUGGGCAGCCAUCACCAUGCAGCAGCUGUUGGAUUUGCACCAGAAGGCGAGACAGGAAUUCCAGGACGAAUUUCCCAACAUCACGAUGCACCAUGUGAACGCUCGGAUCCUUCAACCUCUAUGUGAAAAACAUGGGAAAUGCUAUGCCCACAUUGUGAACGCAGAGGAGCCGUUGCUUCUCAACGUUUUUGUGAGCCACGCAUGGCAAGAAGGCUUUGACGAGUUCGUCCAGUAUGUCGCUUCGCCUUUUCGGCACUGGAGCCUCCAGCCCAACCUCUGGAUCUGCGCCACGGCCUUGAUUCAGAGCCGUGACGCUUCGAAGGUCUCGGCACAGGUGGGGGUUGGAGAGCAUCCGGAGGCUGCACCUUUCACACGCGCCUUGUUGCGAGCUGGACGCUUGCUGGUGGUACGCAAUCAAGCGGUGAAUCUCUUUGAGAGGAUUUGGUGCUGUUGGGAACUCUUCAAAGCCUACGAGAUCGGGCUGGUGGCCACCCCGGGAGCCUUGAUGAUCACCGGUCCGGCGGAUACCAACAUGGCGCCCGUGAAGAUCCAACAAGCCUUGGCUUCGGACCCUGAGGACAAGAAGAGGAUCAUGCGGCAUAUCCAUCAGAUGGCGCGGGACAGGAAUGGCCCCAGUAUUGAGCAGAUCAAUCAGACUUUGACGCACAUCAAGUUCUUUCGACAAGAAGUGGUCUUUUCUCACUCCGCCACUGCCAGUGAUUUCAGCGACGAUUAAAAGAUCUGCGGUUUGAUGUGGCUGGAAGACACCGGCGGUUUGAUGUAAAGGCGUUCAUUUUUUUUGGCUGG